AUGGCGCAAAAUCAAGGAAAUAUCACUGAAAAGAUAAUGGAAGACAAGUUGAAAGAAGAAUCAUCAUCAUCGAAUGAUGAUAUGGAUGUUCAGGUAAGUAAACAGCAAUCGAAUGAUAUCAUGGGUAUAUUACAACAACUGCUAACAAAACAAGAUCAAUUACUUGACGAAAACACACAAUUGAAGACGCAAGUGGCAUUUCAACAAAUCACCAUUAACAAUCUAACUCAAGUCGUCGAAGAAUUGAAAAUAAGUCCACCGCCCCAUCACCAAUCGACAGCGAAUUUAUCAGUUGAUGUAUCUGGAAUAGGAACAGUGACUAGUUCAAUGACAAAGACUCAGCAUGAGAAACCUAAUCUCCAUCAACAUGCUGCUAAGCAACUACAAUCCAAACGGAUUGAUCAGCUUUUGAAUUCCACUCCGUUCUCAGGAACAACGUCACAAGAAGUUUCCGACUGGCUUGAAGAAUUCAAUUUGAAAUGUGAUAAACUUGAGUUUGACGAUACACAAAGGUUGUCGAUUGCCAUAGAUCUUCUCAAAAGCAAUGCGAAGCUAUGGUAUGAUACGAACAAAGGAGCAAUUGAAGAUUGGACAACGUUUACAGAUAAGUUAAUGUCUCAUUUCAAACUCGUAACCGGUACCGACCAAUUUCAAUUAGAACAAAAACUUUAUAACAGACGACGACAACAUUAUGAAUCUGCUACUGAUUAUUGUCAUAGUGUACUCAAACUAUGUUCAAAAGUGAACAAGGAGAUGGGUGAAGCAAAAAGGAUCAAACAUCUUACUCAAGGACUUAAUCCAAAUGCUCAAUUGCAUAUGGAUUUAAAACAUCCAAAUACAACCGAAGAAUUUCUCGAAGCGCUUCUCAAAUUUGACAAAUGGCAAAUGGAAGAACAAAAGCAGCAACAGUACCAUGCGACAUUUGACCAGCAGCGACAGUACAAUUGGACACAAUCAUCAUAUCAAACACAUGAUCUUUCCAAACCACAACAAAAGGAUAGGGGUAACCCACCUUCCGAUGAUCAAAAACAACAACACAACAACGGAAAAGAGUAUACUGGUUGCUGGUCAUGUGGUGCUAUGGAUCAUUAUCAAUACCAAUGUUCAAAAAACUAUUAG